AUGGUGAUUAAUGGGAGAUUACAGUGUUUCUCUAGAAGAAAACUGAGUACCCAAGAGCAGCUGCAGUGGGAUAGCCUAUGCAAUGAGCUAGGACCUGUUCCAGAUUUCUCAGAAGAAGCAGAUGAGCUGUUAAUGGAAGGUGAUUUUUCAGUGCAUGAAUGUUACAAUAUGCAGUUGGAGGAUAGAUCUGAGUGCAGCUUUGAGAUAUUUCUUUGGAAUAAGAACAUUCCUUCUAAAGUGAGCUUCAUGUUGUGGACUAACUUUCACAAUUCUCUUCCAACAUUAACAAUGUUGAGUCAUAGAGGUGUGAAUGUGCAGAGCAAGUUAUGUGUAUACUGUCAACAAGUGGAUGAAACUGCAGACCAUAUUUUUCUGCACUGUCCUUAUGCUGCAGAGGUCUGGAGUUUCUUUGUGAAGGCUUUUAAGGUGUCUUGGACAUUCCCUACAACUGUGUUGGAUCAUUUUGAGUCUUGGAGAUUGAAUAACUUACAAGGUAAAUGUAGGAAGCUUUGGUGGAUGGUGAACUAUGCUAUUUUAUGGCAUUUGUGGAAGGAAAGAAGCUCAAGAGUGUUUGGUGGUAGACACAAAUUGGUUGAUGAGACAAUUCUGCUCAUUAUGAACACUAUCAUUUUGUGGUGUUUUGAGAAUGAGGUGUUUAGAGGAUUUAGUGUGAAUCAAAUUCUAUUUCAUUCAGACACUGUUAUUCACAUGUAA